GUGCAGGUCACGGGCGGCGCGGAGAUUCGGGACUUCUUCGUGCGACUUCUUUUGAUGACAUCGUCUAUCAUUCAUCACAACUCCACAAAACAUCAGUCAAAUAAUCUCUCUGUGGCUGACAGCCCAGAGAUGAACGCCUUGGUUCUUUUAUUCUCUGGGCGUGUAUGAGAGUGUCGAAAUAAUGAGCGGGAGAAUUCUCUCCCACCGUCUUGUUCCGCUAUUGCGGACGGGUCGAUUGGCCCGCCAUAUUCAUAAUGCUGGAGCAAGAACUGGGGGUUUGCUGCGUGCGGAUGGUAGUGCUGCGAUGCGAGGCCGCUCAUGGCCUGUUGGAGCAAAUUCAAUUCAUAACAAUGUCCCCGCUGUGCGGACGAUUUCAUUUGCGAGAAUGAUCCCUAGGCUAGCACUCAAGCUUGUGAGGCUGCCAGCUAUGCUAGGGGGUGCAACAGUGGCAGGCUUUGCUUAUUUUCAAUAUCAAGCAACCCUCGCCGGUAAUUACGCGAUAGACAUUUUCAAACGAGCGGGGGAAACGGCGGGCGAUGCUGCUUCAAACCUGUUCGAAGGGCUCCAGGGCGUGGCGGAGCAAACACAACGCGGAUGGCAAAGAACGACAGAAGAUGUUGAAAUCCCCGAGUGGUUACAAAAGAUUCUCCGCCUUAAUGAGGAGUCUACUUCUGGAGACGGGGGUUCUUCCGGUGGAGGUGGUUCGCCCAAGGAGAGCAGAGUUGGCGUUGCAGCUGCUGGAGCAGCUAGCGGCUCGGCCUUUGGAUACGAUCAAUCCGAUGAAGAGGACGUACGCACUGGACGGGAGGUUGCGGAGGAUGACCAGAUGAUGCUCCUAACGCGGAAAAUGAUAGAAAUCAGGAACAUACUACAGACAGUUGGGCAGUCGAAUACGCUAACGCUUCCAUCGAUUGUAGUCAUUGGAUCGCAAUCCUCUGGCAAGAGCUCGGUUCUGGAAGCUAUUGUUGGGCAUGAGUUUCUACCGAAGGGCUCGAAUAUGGUUACUCGACGACCGAUCGAACUUACUUUAGUCAACACCCCAAAUGCGCAAGCCGAAUAUGGGGAAUUCCCGGCCUUGGGCUUGGGAAAGAUCACGGAUUUUUCGCAAAUUCAACGGACGUUGACCGACCUUAACCUGGCCGUCCCCGAGAAGGACUGUGUCACUGACGACCCAAUCCAACUAAACAUAUAUUCGCCCAAUGUUCCUGACCUCUCCCUCAUCGAUCUCCCGGGCUACAUCCAGGUUGCUGGUGAAGACCAGCCCCCAGAACUAAAACAAAAAAUCUCUGACCUCUGCGACAAGUACAUUCAAACACCGAAUGUUAUCCUAGCCAUCUCUGCAGCAGAUGUUGACCUUGCCAACUCAACGGCUCUGAGGGCGAGUCGCAGGGUAGAUCCCCGGGGUGAAAGGACAAUAGGAGUCAUUACCAAAAUGGAUCUUAUUGACCCCGAGCGCGGUUCUAACGUCCUCUCGGACAAGAGGUACCCUCUGCGCCUUGGGUAUGUCGGUGUGGUCUCGAGGAUCCCUCAAACAUCGGCUUUAUUCUCCAGAGGCAGUGGUAAUAUCACGAGCGCAAUUUUGAAUAAUGAAAAUUCCUUCUUCUCUGCGCAUCCCGAAGCGUUUGGCUCUCAGGCCGGCGUUUCGACGGGUGUUACGACCCUACGUACCAAACUCAUGCAUGUUCUUGAGCAAACCAUGGCAUCAAGCCUAGCAGGAACUAGGGAUGCCAUCAGUCAAGAGUUAGAGGAGGCAACUUAUGAGUUUAAGGUUCAAUAUAAUGACCGUCCUCUCAGCGCGGAGUCAUACCUUGCCGAGAGUCUGGAUAGCUUCAAGCAUUCGUUCAAGGCAUUCGCCGAGAGUUUCGGUCGGCCUCAGGUCCGAGAGAUGCUUAAGAAUGAACUCGACCAGCGGGUCAUGGACAUACUGGCACAACGGUAUUGGAACAAGCCAGUCGAUGACCUGUCCCCUCUAUUGCCUGAGCUGGACCCUCUCAGUGACCUUCCCAAGUCGGAUCCAGAGUCUCAAUAUUGGCACCGUAAACUUGAUGCCUCCACUUCUUCGCUAACGAAACUUGGCAUUGGUAGACUUGCCACGACUGUCGUGGCAAAUGCUCUCCAGACUCAUAUCGACCGGUUGCUGGCCUCGUCCACUUUCGCCUCUCAUCCGUAUGCUCAGAAGCAGAUCACCGAUGCUUGCACCAGCAUUUUGAAUGAUCGAUUUUUCAGUACUAGCGACCAGGUUGAGAACUGUAUCAAACCGUACAAGUUUGAAAUCGAAGUCGAAGACCCCGAAUGGGCAAAGGGAAGGGAGAAUGUGAGCAAAGUACUUAAGGAAGAACUCAGGGCAUGUGAAGCUGCUUUCAAACGCGUCGAGGAUAGUGUUGGGCGGAGAAAGAUUAAGGAUGUAAUGUCAUUUGUGGACAAGAUCAGAAAGGGUGAAGUGGUUUUGGAGGGUGACGGUGUGGGUGGCGCUGGUGGAUUCAGUUCUGCUUUGCUGCGCACAGGCCGAGAAAGCGCUUUUCUCCGCGAUCGAGCCGAUCUUAUCAAGAUGAGGCUUCUUGCCCUUCGUUCAAAGCAAUGCGCUACCAGGAAGAACAAGUACUACUGUCCAGAGGUUUUCCUCGACGUAGUGGCAGACAAGCUCACAUCGACGGCGGUACUCUUCCUCAACGUGGAAUUGCUUUCUGAGUUCUACUACAACUUCCCCCGUGAGUUGGACAUGAGACUGGGUCGUCACCUCUCCGACGACGAGGUAGAGCGAUUCGCACGAGAGGACCCACGCAUCCGAAGACACCUCGAUAUUAUCAAGAAGAAGGAGCUACUCGAACUGGCCCUGCAGAAGAUCGAAGGCAUCCGACAGCUCGAUGGCCGCAGUAUGCACAGGAACAAGGAGAGCCCUUUGGUGACUGAAAAGAGAAGUCGCGGUUGGAACAUUUUCUGAUCGACUCUUUCCCUCUCCCCAAACUUGUGCUGUGUACCUCCCCUGCUAUUCCUUCUUCCUUCCCUCCUGGACUCUACCAUACCUUCCUCUCCUCCAAUCUCUCCCACCUUCGUCCAUACUAAACCGGUAGGAGAAGGUUCUGUCUAUAGUUCUAUUAUAACCCCCUGAAUAGGCGUCAACACAGCGGCUGUGCAUUAUUAUCUCCUUUCCUUUCUUCCGAGUCUCUCUUUUCACCCAUCACCUUUUUUUUCCCUGCUCCGUUUUAGUCGGUGUUUGC